AUAUAAAUCCGACUGAGAGGAAGAAUCUCCCAUUUUGUACUAGACAUUAUUCAUAGCAAAUCAUGUGGUAUCUGGCUUUUCUCGUAAUCGUAGUUGGAGCAGCCAUAGCCGAUCACAAUUAUGCCUGGCAAACCGGAAACGAAUAUCAUUUUCUUAUAGAAAGUCGGACACUGACAUCUUUAAACAGAUUAUCUGGACAAUCUUCUGGGAUUUUUAUGAAAUGUGCUCUCACCAUUCAGGUAAAAUCCUCGGAUCGGCUGCAGGCUGUUGUAUCGGAAACACAACAUGCUCCUGUGGACAAAGUAUUGACAAAUAUAUGGGAAGAAAUUACCGAUCUCGAGUUUCGCGAGCUUUCUUUGUCGGAAAAACCUUUCGAGAUCAAACUCAAACAUGGAAUGAUACGGGAUGUGUUAGUCGAUGAGGACGUGCCUACUUGGGAGGUGAAUUUGCUAAAGAGUAUUGUGAGUCAGCUGCAAAUCGAUAUGGAGGGUGAAAAUAUGUUAGCAAGAAGUCCAACGUACUCAAAUGAGAUUCGUGGCAUGCGACAACCGUACUUUUAUAUGAUGCCUUAUGACAAUGUGCCCAACGUUACAUUCAAAGUUAUGGAAGAUUCCGUCGGAGGUAAAUGUGAGGUCCUUUACAAUAUCACACCAAUGAAUAAUGAUACCUACGUAUCCGUUCCACCAUACAGCCACGAGAAUGACUCAUAUUUCACUAUCACAAAAUCGAAGGAUUACGUCAAAUGCGAGCAAAGAAUGGCUUAUGAAUUUGGUAUCAUGGACAAAAGAAAUUUGAAACGGACACCUAACGUUAUUUCAAGAUCAUCUGAGACUAAAAUUGUCGCCACCGGUAAUCUGACAUGUUUUACCAUCCAAUCGUCCUCGAUGACAGACGAGAUAUCCAUCAACUCUAACAUUAACGAUAUGUACUCUGGCGUUGUCUAUAGUAGUAUGAAUCUAACUUUGGACAGAAUGAGCCAGAUUUCCAAUCCUCUGCCUUCAUCAAACAAUCUUGUGUCAACUGGGAACUUAGUGUACACUUACAACAAUCCGUUCUCUAACCAACGCAAACCGCGUCGUUCGAGUGUCAGUCGAAGAACCUUGGAAUCUGAGAACCAUAAUUCUAAUAGUUCUAGUGACGAUAACAGCAGCGAGGAGCGUGACUACUUGCAACCUAAACCGACAUUGGACGAGGCUCCGGAGAGUCCGCUAUUGCCCUAUUUUAUCGGAUACAAAGGCAACAGCAUCCAAAAGUCCGAAGAGGAUUAUAUUUUGACAGCGGCCCGUUUGAUCGGUCAGAUAACCGGGGAAAUGGAACAUUUUCCUGAACAAAUUUUAAAUGAACCAUUCACCGACACUUUAGAGCGAGUCACAAUUCUAAUUAGACUGAUCCGCACUAUGAAUGUCAACCAAAUCGCUGAGAUAGAGAACAAACUACCCGAAUUAUUCUACCAGGACGAUCGUAACAGACUUUCUAAUAAAGAGGAGCAGAAGGUAUACGAUCAAGCUGCAUGGGAUGUCUUUUGCAGCACCGUCGCAUAUGCCGGAACUGGUCCCGCUCUUAUCGCUAUCAAAAAUUGGAUAAAAACCGGGAAACUCGAGGGCAAACAAGCGGCGCAGAUUAUUUCGAAAAUUCCGAAAGCUGCGAUUGCACCUACGGCAGAAUAUAUUGCAGCGUUCUUUGAAUUGAUUACCGAUAAGCGAGUAAUGAAACAGAAAUAUUUAAAUACAACCGCACCUUUAUCAUUCGCCGAAUUGGUUGGUUACACCCAAAAUAUUACGAUCUCUAGUUACUAUCCGAUUCACAGUUUCGACCGUAUGGUCCCUAAAGACGACAAUUCGUUACUUGAAAUUUAUAUUCCGUAUAUGGCCACUCAAUUAAGAAAAUCCAUCGAGGAAGGUGACAGCCGUCGAAUUCAAACAUACAUUAUGUCAUUGGGUAAUUUUGACCAUCCAGAAGUAGUCUUCGUCUUUAAGCCGUAUCUGGAAGGCACGUUGCCGGCAUCAAAGUUCCAACGUUUGAUGAUGUUAAUAUCGUUAAGCAGAUUAAGUGAAAGCCACCCGCUUAUCAUUGAAGCCAUCACCUAUAAAAUUUACCAAAACGUACACGAAGCCUACGAAUUACGUAUUGCAGCUGUUAAUAUUAUAAUGAGGACCAAGCCAUCCCUGAACAUAUUGGAGAGAAUUGCGGAACUUACCAUGUCAGAAGAUAAUCUACUUGUAAAAUCUGCCGUCAAAACCAACUUAGAAGCCAUCGCUAAUUUGAAGCAACCGGAGUGGGAAGAAUUCGCUUCCAAGGCGCGUAUCGCUAGCAAGUUAUUGAAUCCUGACAUUCAGGUUGAAAGUCAAUCUGAAAGUGUCUUCAAAGAAUUGAUAGUCGCUGCUCUAAACAUCGCUCAAACAAAUAUCCGUCAGACGAUUGGUAGCGACGACAUUGAUAUACCUAAAGAUAUAGAAGCUAACGUACACCAAUCAUACGGUGACUUCCAUUUACCUCGCUCAAAAAUAAGAUUCUCAGUGUCAAGCAUCAGAAAAAUCUUGAUAGAUAUGGGGCAGCAUAUGCCCUGGAAGACCAAAAGUAUAGCAGAAAAAAAAUCAAUUAUAGAAGAGAUUAUUGAGAAGCUCGGUAUUAUUCCCGAAGAUGAGGAAUCUUUUGAAGGGAAUAUCUUUAUAGAUACUAUAUUUGAUUCUGAAUUCUAUCCUUUCGACAGCCAUACGAUUGAAGACGUCAAGAAUAUGAUGGCAACGUUUAUCGAAUCAAUGUCGAAGACGCAAGCUUUUGAAUCCGAAAAUCUAAAUCAGCUAGGUCAUUAUGACACGACGUUAGGAUUCCCGACUGAAACCGGUUUGCCAUUCAUCUAUACCUUAACGAUUCCGCAAUUAACGAAAUAUAGUGGUGGAGAAUCUCAUGAAAUAAGAAAUUCACAAACUGGAAGUUUUAUGGAAUUUACAGCGGCGGGACAUAUAAUAAUGAGAGAAAAGAUCCAAAGUAGAAUUGGUUUUGUUACACCUUUCGAGCACAGGCACUACAUUGCUGAUAUCGAUAUCAAUAUUCAGAUUUUCAUACCAGCUGGCUUAAGUGUCAAAUUGGAGGGAGGAAAGAAGAAAUUAGAGCUGAAUAUGCAACCGCGCGAAUAUUAUCGAUAUGGCACUGGACAUGUGGCGAUACAUCACAGUAUCGUUCCUUAUACCGCAAGACACAACAUUCUGGAUUUACAACCUGUAAUUCUCAGCUCUAACACGCGCCUAGUGUACACAAAAGAACCGCGAGAAAUACAAGCGUCACUAGGUAAUUUGACACUCAAAGCAAGGAGUGAUCUUAUUGACAGAGAGAUCUUAUGGUCAGAGUCUAAUUAUGAAAACACCAUGAGGAUUCUUUACUUAUUUUAUAAUGAUCCCGGCGCCCAUUACAGGACAUUCGACGGAAUCUUGAAUGUCACGGCUGCACAAGUAAACAUAACUUUUAAUAAUUUUGUGACUUUCAACGAGGAUAAUUCCGAAGCAACAAUUCCUGCGAUAAUUGACAAAGAGCCAGAAAGUGACGCGAGGAAAGAACAAUUUCAGCAGGAAGUUAGCAAAAAUAUUAAUUCUGGCACUGGUUUUAUUUUUGAUAUAAGUAUUUUAGCUAACAAUUUUUAUCAAGUUUUCACCUUUGCUUUGGCAAACAGUCGCGUAGAUAAUAAAUAUCAAGGUCUUCUUUAUUCAAAUAUUCAAUCGCCAAACGGAGAAAUCUAUGUGGAGUUUUGCUCUGUUGGAUACGUACGAUUAUCACGCAUUCCGUUAAACUUAGAGAAAGCGAUCGAAAUGAGUCCAAAUUAUGAAUUUAAAACUGAAAUGCGAUUAGGAGAUCGUAAUUCGUAUGGAGCGACAUUUGGACUCCGAGGAAAUUGGACUCGCAGUAAUGAUGUCAUUGAGAGGGCAUCUAAAUCCGAGAUAUUCGACGAAUGUCGGCAAGAGAUGGCACAUGGCAACGUUUGGGUACCAGCGUGUCAAAGAGCCAGCGAAUUAUUUCAGCAUAAGGAUCUUCUGACAAUGUCAAUAUCGACCGAUGCGGUUUUAGUGUACUAUAUGUAUAUGAUGGGCCCGAUCGUAGGGCUCGCGACAAAGCUCGAAAAGCUUUCCAAUGAAAAUAUUACGACACCUGAAUUUUUUACUCGCCCGGGAAGCGCUCACGAAGGCACUAUCGAUAUGGAGAUAAAAAUGUCGCUGGACAACAAUGAUGCGAAAAUCUCUGUGAACACUUCACAAGUGGACGUUGGGUUCUCUCUAUCAGACAUUAACCAAGAUACUUUCAAAUUCUCUGAUACGAAAGAAUAUUUCGAUGGAAACUCAGAAGGAGAAGUGUGCGUUCUCGACAAAACUAAAGUUAUUACUUUUGACAAAAUGCAAUAUCAUUUGAAUUUGGGGAAAUGUUGGCACGUUAUGAUGAUCAUUAAACAAAAGAGGGAUAUCGUUAAUCCCGAAAAAACUUUAAAUAUUCCAAAUGCGUUGAGAGUGCUUGUCAUGGUUCGAGAAAUGGACGAUGGUAGCAGGGAGGUCCGGAUGAUCUUGGAUGAUCAAGAAAUUUAUCUGCAGAAAUCGGAUAAUCGUCUUCAAGUUAUGGUUAAUGGUCAGGCAGUUAAUUUCUCGGAUCAGGAGAGUUACCGAGACUUUCUCGGAGAAGUCGAAAUUUAUCAAAUGGACGGAAUGAUUGCAAUUUCCUCGGAGCUCCAUGAUUUGUUCGCCGUGUAUGACGGAGAACGUAUCCUACUUAAUCCAUCCGAUGCAUAUCUCAAUGCUGUACGCGGUCUCUGCGGCAACUAUGACAAAUUGAUGUUCAACGAUUUUAUCACUUCUAAGAAUUGCAACAUCACGCGUCCCGAAAUAUUCGCCGCCACUUAUGCUCUGACUGAGGAGGACUGCCAAGGACCCGCGUUGCAGAAUAAACAACAAGUCGACCAAUACUCGUGCAUUCCGAUGCCUGAGUAUUCUCCGACAAAGGAUAUCAUUGAUCACAAACUAUUCCUUAUUGAUAAAGAUAAACUACAAGCGCGCAAAAGAAUUAGUUUCUAUGAAUACUUAUCCGGCAUUUACAUGGAUGCACACAAGACACGGCGACGCUAGCCGCGCGGCGAAAGUUGGAAUAGCAAUGAGAAAGUGAUUUUCCUAUCCCGAGAUCUAUCCACAUUUCACUAAAAAUUACUACUCAUCACUACUGGGUGUAGUGAUACUACUAAUGAUUACUUACACGAAUUUAAUACUAUUACACUGCUUGUCACAAAUAGUGGCACUAUACUGCAUACCAGCAGUAACACUACUACGUAAAAAUAUCGCAAUAAUCGAUAUUGUUUUAUUAGCAGAGUUUGCAAGAAUUGUAAGGCCGUAGAAUAGAUGUAAAAAUAUUUGUUUUAUAGUAUAAUAAAGAAGAUUUCUCCUUACAAUUUAAACGCA